AUGCAACCUAAGACAUUAGCAAAUAUGCAUGCAUACUUCCCCCUGACAACUUUUUCUCAACACAACCGGCUUCAAAAACAUCGAAAAACCGUCUUCAUUCCCAUAGAUAUCAGUGAGAUAGAGAUCCCUUACAUAUCAAUGCCUACUACGUUGGCUAGGUAUGGUAAAAAAAACAACACUUCAGGUAUUCUACAUGCGGCAGAUGUGUACAAUAUGCUUGUACAUCAAUGUACAUGUGCUGUACAACACAUCAAUACGUGUGCACAUGUAUGUACUUACCAAACAAUUCUUAACUCAGAAUUCGGAUCCUUCUAUCCAUGGAUCCAGUUCUAA